CAGAAAAUAAUGAUUUUCAAUCAUGCUAUUUGAGAUACUGAAAUUGUAGCUUAAAUAGCUAAAAAUUACAAAAUUAAUUGAAGAUAAUUGAUGUUUAGAGCAGAGUAAACUCUAAGGUGUUUGUAAUUAUUAAUUAUUUUGCAAUCAAUUCAGCAAAUAAUAUUCAGUUUUUUUGUCUUUUUAAUUUAUUUUUAAUUUAGACUUUAUUAUAUUAAUCAGUAUAUAAUAAGGCCCAAUGUCUGAGUUUAAAAAUCUUUUUUGUUUAUAUGUAUUUAUAAAUACAUUUUUUAUAAAAAAUAUAUUUUGCUUUUAAAUAAUUAGAAUAAAGAUUUUAUUCUCACAUUAUUUCUCAAUUUAUUUCGGUAAUCCUGUAUAUACAUAUAAAUAGAGUUUACAAAAAAGAAAAUUAAUUAGGUAGAUUAAGCAGAUCUAAUUUGGCUCACUCAGAUACCGUGUUUAUCUUUUCUCAAUUAAACAUUUAUUAAUCAAAUACAUUUAAUAUAUUAUAAUUUGUCGAAAUAAUUAGAUUUCGUAUGGAAUUUUUCUGCAAUAUAAAAAAUUCGAGAUCUACAUUGAAGAGGUUAGCUGCGUAAUAAUUUUAAUGAUUUAUGUUGUUUAUUACGAGACACCUAAGUACCGUAUUUGAAACUAACUCCGACUCGCCGAUCAGAAUAUUGACCGUUCUCAGUUUCUCAGUUUCAAUCAACAUUUGCGGUUUAUCUCAGCUCUCUCCAAUUUACUUAAUUACCACGCUGUUUCAUUAGCAAUGCUAAUCAAAAUUAUGCAAACAAUAAUCAGUUGAAUAUUACAUCGAUAUGUACUCUCUAAAUGGCAAUCAGUGUAUUAUUCACUGAUUUGCAGUGCUAUACUUAUAACUGUCAUUGAGCAUUCACUGUCUUUGAGUAAAUUCAGCUUCAGAAUUAGUGUAUUAUCACUGAAAGAUUGGUGCAUUUAUUUUACUGAUUAAUAAGUUAUAAAUAUAGCACUGAAAGUUGGUGUAUUUUUACUGAUUUCUUCGACUUUUCACUAAUUGUAACUUAGAGAGUAUGUUUCAAGUCUUACAACCGGUAUCGGCAGUUACAUAAAGCUGAAAAUGUAUAUUUAAUAAUUAAUAUAUUAAACAAUUUUAUAAAGCAUUGAAAUCCUGCAAUAAAAAAAUGGCAUUUUUCAAAUAAUUGUACUAAUUGCAAAAUUAUGCAGUUUAUUUAUUAAACGUGCUGAAAAUAAAAUUUUUUAAUAAAGAUGUACGUUUUUAAUUUUGUUUUCUGAAAUCGAAUGUCCGCGAAGUCGCGGCUUUUUGCGUUAUGUCGAAAAAGAUCUAAUUUUUGUUCGCUGUCAUGUCCCGAGGCAAUCGAUACACAACUGUGCCUCGACGAGCUAGCUGCUUGGAAAGUGUAAGGGAUCGCGAAUCGAUCGCUUGCUUGCUUGUCGGUUGCAAGGUCAUGCAAAACUUUCGCGAAAUAAUUAUCUGAACCGACCAGAAGAAUGUUCGCAUGACAUGCUUCAUACACAAGGACGAUUCUCUGUGAAUCAUCCUUGGGGCAAUGUGCCGGGCAUCGUUAUUAGCAUGAGGAAGAGGCGAGAUAAAAUCUAUCGAAUUGAAUUUAUCACGCGGUUUAUCUAACGCUAUCCUCCCGUUCACCUAUAGACGCUUUUUAGAUUCAAUUUAUCUUUUAGUUAACAAAUAUGAGUCGCGUUAUUUGACGUUGCACUGAAAAAAAGAUUGUUAAUUUGAAUAAAUCUUUUAACUCGAUUAAAUUUCUUCAGUUCAAGCGUUUAUUGUACUUAACUUACAAAUAUAUAUAAAAUAUUUGAAUUCAAUUUAAGUAUUUAUAUAUUUAACUAAAAUACGUACUUGAACUGGAGAAAUUUAAUCAAGUUGAAAGAUUUAGUCAAAUUAGCAACUUUUUUUCUCGAUGUACCUUCCGACGUUGAGACGCACAAUCGCUCAAAUUAUCGGUUUCUGAGCGAGAAACGUUUGCGAGAUAAAUCGGGCGUUAUUUAUACAGUGGGAGCGGCUCCUAGCUACACACUAGGCCACUUCGCGAAUCAGCCAUCAUCGGACAUUACACACGUCCUCUUUGUUGCCCGGUGUGCAGUCGUCUUGAACGCGACGCAUCACGUAUGAUUCAGAGCGCGUCGCGCUUUGCCGGCGGACACGUUUCUCUUCGUACAUCGCUUAUUAUUAACGCGUGUGAAGCAAAAAGUGGAGCAAAAUGUCCGAGUAUAUAUACAUAUCCGAAUGCGAAUACAUGCCGUGGCAUUCUGCUCAGGGUCACUUGAGGUACAAUACCUAUGCAGAGCACAAGCUCGAGAAGACUGAUGGCAAGCUGGCUAUUAAAAUUGUCAGAUCUAUACUUCGGCAAAUGCCGAAUGUAGACCUGGAACACUGCACGGAUGAGUAUAUCACGCGUUUCCUGCUAGCCCGGAAGUAUAACGCCGAUCAGGCGGCGGCCCUGAUAGCCGCUUAUCAGGCGCAAAUUAUACAUCGCCAGGAUAUCUUCGGCAAUCUCACCGCCCGGGACCCGGCGCUGCAACGCGCGCUUCGUGCGGGAAUACCGGGUGUUCUUCCCGCACGUGACAGGAAGGGCAGAUGUGUACUGAUUAUUUUAGCGUCGCAAUGGGAUCCUGUAGCCGUGCCUGCAUUGGCCGUUCAACGAGCAAUCUUCUUAGUCCUGGAAACACUUAUUCAAGAUCCUCGAAAUCAGCAAUCCGGUUUUGUCGCCGUGGUAGACUGGGGUGGAUUCUCGUUACGACAGGGCGGUGCACUGGGAGCAACGGCUCUGCGAAACCUAAUAGCUGCUCUACGUGGGCGAUUCCCUGCCCGAUUCAAGGCGAUACACUUCCUCUCGGCUCCGCUCUACGUCCAGGCGACUCUAGCCCUGGUGAAGCCAUUCUUAGACGAGAAGACGCGAAAUAAGAUUUAUCUGCACGGCAACAAUCUCAGUACGCUUCACGAACAUCUACCGACGGACAUUCUGCCAGCGGAACUCGGUGGAACGGGACCAGCCUUCAACCCGGGAUUGUGGGCCGAGCCGGUCAUCCACUCGGCGAUGAAAGAGGCCGAGCUCGCCGCUGCCGCCGCCGCCAAAAAGGGAAAAGAACGUCAGGUCGACCAGUCAAGAAGCAGCCAGCAAGAACCGGCCAACCUUCGAGACGGAUCGGAAACCGCAAGUAGAAAUCAUCCGAGAAGCGACGGCUCAAACGUCUUGACGAACGUGGACAAAACAUCCCUGAACAAUUCUGACAAUUCUGCGACGCACACUUCCGGGAAAAUGCAGACGGACAUAGACUUAAAUGUGAUAAAUAAGCGAUCAAAUAAAGAGAAAGAAAUGACUGAAUUUGCGACAAAAAACAGUGUCGAAGAACAAUUACAUGAACAAAUCAGUAACGGAAACAAAGAUGAGACGCGUCAUGCCGACGACAGAACAAACCAGAUCAGAAACACGAAUGACUUAACGUUCCUCGACGCGGAUGUCAACCUGAACGAGUUCGAGAUGAUCUCCAGCAGAUCGUGCAGCGAGAGCAGCAAGGACAAUUCGUUGGAUAAUAGAUUGGAAGAGAAGGCUCUCAUCGCUACCGGCAACAAUGAAGCAACGCCGUCGGAAAAAACGAAUCUUAUAACAUAACGCUGAUCUCCAUAAAUCUAAGUAUUUGUAAUGGUUGCUAAUAGAAAUCUAUCUCUUCCUGUUGAACGAGUUUUUUUUAAGUAAUACAAAUCUGUGAGUAACAGCUUAAGCAAUCUCGGGAGCAAUCAUAAUUUUAUCGAUAUUAACAACAGAUUUCCUUAUAGACUAUUUUUUAGAUAUAAUUUUCUGGAUGUAAUUUGUGUGGUUCGGUGCUCUUCUGGUUGCAGAUUUCCGCUUGGAAUACAUAAAACCAGAAAGUGAAAUUUUUAUAUUGAUCUUAAAAUACUACUAGAAGUAAGUAUUUAAAGCGUACUGAAAAGUCUUCGAACGUUUUUAUCGUUAAUUGUUAAAAAUGUUAAAUUUGAAUUAAAGUUUACACGCACAAAAGAGAAUACGAUAUAUUCUAUUGUGUUAUGAUCGAUUCUUAGGCAUGUUUUGCUUAAUUAUGACAAUUGUUGAAACUGCGGUACCUAUUUUAUUAAUUAUAAAGGCAGCUCUUCCUAAAACAUCUAAUUAGUAUCAAAGAGGCUGUAAUAGAAAAAUAAGGGCUGUUCAUGGUACUUCAUAAUCAUUCUUACAUAUUUUAAUACAAGAAUCAGACAUGUUUCGGAACAUAUCUGAUUUAUAUACGGUUAAUUGCUUUUUUCAUUAUACAUGAUAGGUUUCUUUUUAUGGGAAUUGAAUAAUGAAUGAGUAUAAGAGUAUAAGAGAUUUCAUAAAACAUACAUAUAAAUAUCAUAUACAUUUAGCAAUAGUCUUAUUCAGAGCUUCGUAUGUAUUAGCACAAUAAAUAUUUUCGAUAUAAUCUAUAUACUUUUUAAGUGAUGUGAAUAAAGUUUUAAAUAGUAUUAACGAACUAAAAUAUAUUUCCCUCAACUUUUUUAAAAUUCGGAUGCUAUAUUUUAAACAAAUACUGAAAUUUGUUUCAAUAACUGUUCAUUUUAUCAAUGAAAUUUAUUUUUUGCAUAUUUGUAUUUUACAUAUUUGUAUAUAUGUAAUAAAUUAUUCAAUAUGAAAGAGCAAAUCAUGAAUAUGUGGCAAACAUUUUGAAAAUCAAAAUUCUAGCUUACAUUUUGAUGAAAUAUAAUAUUAUUGCGUUCCUGAAGUUGUGCGAAUAUUGCGUAUGUGAAGUGCAAUUGUGCAAGUGUUAUGUUUUAUUUUUCUUGCUAUAGCUCUGGACGCAACAAUAUAUUUAACUUAAAAUUGUAUUUCAAACAACUUACAAUCUGUAUUUUUCUUUAUUGACAAUAUAUAUUCUAUAUUUUAUACUAACUACUAUAAAAAUAUUUAAUUAAGCUACAAAAUUAUCUUACUUCAAAGAAAUUAAAAAUAUGUAUAUUAAUAAAGUAUGUUGUUCAAUAUGUCAGGGCUGCUGAAAAAAGAACAAUGGAUAUAAGGAGAAUAUAAUUGUGAUAAAAUAAUAUAAUAAAAAUUUAUUUCUUUCGGUAGAUAAAA